AUGCCCAUUGCAACACUCUUCUCAAACCGCAUCCGGCCCAUCAGCCAAGCCCUCAGCGCCGCAGCCAGCGCCCGGGAAAACGACGACGCCGUCUCGAUCCUGUCGCGCGCCUCGGAGCCCUCCAAGCUCAGCCGGCCGUCGCGACGAAACAGCACCGGGUCCAAAUUUGUGCUCGAGAGCCCCUCGAGGGACAGCUUCGAGGCCCAGUCCAUUCGAGACGUGGCCGGCGGUGCCGAAGCCUGGCCCAUGGGCAUCAUCAAGACGGUCAGCGUCGAGGUCACGCAAGAGUCGGCGCCUGAUCUCGAGCGCGGGCUCACUAUUGGUGAGCUCAAGCGCUCGGCCAGUCGGGAAGACUGGUAUAGACAUUUGUCUUGA